AUGCCAAUAUCACAUCUUGUUAUUCCAAUUUCUUUUGGUUUACCAAAAAGUUUUGAUCCAAAUAAUGAUUCAAAUUUCCUUAAAUCAUCAACAAAUUUUCCAUCAUAUUUAGCCAGUUAUAAUAAUUUAAGUGAUCCAAUGUAUGAUAAAUCUCCACUUGAUAUAUCUCAACAUACAUAUUCAAUUGAACUUAUUUGUAAUUCACCACGUUCAUAUAUAAAUCGACAACUUGGAUCCGGUUUUGUUCAAUUAAUAUUAUAUUCAACAUCAAAUGAAAAAAUUUUUGAACAUUCACGUUUAAUUUUAUAUCCAUAUCAAUCGGAAAUAGUUCGUUUAAUUCGAACAAUUAUUUUUUUACCUUUAUCAAUCCUUCAUAUUGAUUAUGAUCAAUGGUAUUUAAAAGAAAUUUUAAUUGAACGUUUAAAUAAUUAUGAUAUAUCUAAAGAUCCUAUUGAAGUUAUUCAAUUAAAUAUAAUUCCAUCAUCAUUUCAACUUGAUCGUUGUUCAAUACAUUUUCAUAUACGUGAUUUAACCGGUCUUAUAUAUGUUAACAUGAAUGAAUAUAAAUGUAAAGGCUGUUUAAUUGAUUCUACACAUGGAAAAUUACAAAAGAAAAAAGAGGCUUUACUUGAAUUUAUAUUUGCUGAAGAUUCUUUAUGUUUAACUGUAAGUGCACAAAAUGUGAAUAUAAUGGCAUAUACAUUAAGUAGAGAUACAAUUGCAACAGUCAUAUUAAAUAAUGACUUACUUGUUAUUAAUUUAAAAGAAAAGAAACAAAUUAAAAUAUCAGCUAUAGGAAAAACUAAAUUAACUGAAUUAAAAUUAAUUCUGGAUUCUCUUUUAAAUGAAGAUGUUAAUGCUUAUCAAAUAUAUAUACAAGAUUUUCGUAAUAAUUCAACAAAUAUAAGCCAGGUAUCACGAAAUUCAAUAUCAAAAACUAAUCAUAGUAUGAAUUCAAGUAUAAUAUCCGAUACAUCAAGUAAAAAACCACAACCAAAAGCUGAUAAAAUGAAACAUACAAAUCAAUUUUUGGAAAAUGAUGAGAAUUCUCAACCAGCAUUAUCUUAUUUACCAAAAGAACAUGAAAAGAAAAAAAAUUCUCUUCACACUGCUUCUAAUUUUUAUCAACAUGCACAGCAUAGUUCUAUUGAUGAAAAUACUGAUCAUACGAUUCAGAGUCAACAACAAUCUCGUAAACGAACAAGUGAAAAUCAAUUUUCUACUUCAAUAAAUCGUUUUGAACAUGCAACAAAUAACGCAUCACCUUAUUUUUUUCAUAGAACAGAAAAUAAAUUAAAACGAAAUUUAUCCAAUGGUGAAUCACGUAUUAGUCCAUUAACAAAUAUUCAUUCUAAACCACUAAAUCAUACACGUCUUUGGGAUGAUGAGAAUGAAAAAUAUUCAUAUGAUUGGCGUGAUUCACCAUAUUCAACAAAAAGAAUUGAUAAUCAAUCAUCAACUGAUAUAUCAUUGUCUAAAGCAGUUACAACAACUAUGAACUUACGAAAGAAAGGUUUAAAAAAUAUUGGUGCUACAUGUUAUAUGAAUUCUAUACUUCAAUGUUUAUUAAAUAUUGAUCCAUUUCGUUAUGAUCUAAUGGUUACUAAUUCCGAAUUAAUAACCUCAUCAUUAUUAGAAGAAAAUACAAUUUAUCUGUAA